AUGUCCUCUUCCAGAAGCACAAUGUCCGACUCAAUCCGUGAGAUGUAUCUGUUCGGUGUGGUCGAUUAUUGCAUGUUCGGCGGCAUGCUGAUCUUGUCUGCCGCCUGUGGGAUCUAUUUCGGAUUCUUUAAACGCACUACUGCUAGUAAUAGCACCAGCCACCCGGAAGACGAACAGGACCAUCUGCCUGCGGCUGUUGCUUCAACAAAAAAGCCUUCAAAUUCGUUCGGAUCAGCCACGAUCGAUGAGUACCUGCUCGGUUCACGCAGACUGAAAGCAUUUCCGGUGGCGAUGAGUCUGUUGGCGGGAUACAUAUCCGGGGUGACGAUACUGGGAACUCCGGCCGAGAUUUACAACUUUGGCACACAGUAUUGGUUGAUCGUAGUACCGAUCCUGUUGAUGGGAGUCGCUGUGUGCAGUGUGUAUCUACCGGUAUUUUGUUCCUUAAAGCUGAAUUCCUCGUACGAAUAUCUGGAGUUACGAUUCAAUCCGUAUGUCCGAUCGAUGGCUUCAGUUAUGUUUGUAAUUAAUCAGAUGCUGUUUCUACCGAUGGUUAUUUAUGUUCCUGCGCUAGCCUUCAAUCAAGUAACUGGCUUUAAUCUAUACGUCAUUGGAGCAAUCGUUUGUGUCGUCUGCAUAUUCUACACACUUCUGGGUGGUAUCAAGGCGGUCGUGUUCACCGAUGCCUGGCAGGUGGUGGUGAUGUUCGUCUCAGUGGUUGUGGUUGUAAUUAUCGGCACGAUUGCACUUGGUGGUCCAGGCGUUAUCUGGGAUCGGUCCAUAGACGGUGGCCGGAUCGAUUUCUUCAACUUCAACCCCUCCAUGUAUGAACGACAAACCUUCUGGGCAGUUCUUAUUGGUGGCUUCUUCUACUGGACGUCUUACAAUGCAGUUAACCAAACGAUGGUACAACGAUACAUGUCACUACCGAACCUACGGACAGCGAAAAUUUCCAUCUACAUGUUUGUCAUUGGAACGGCCAUCUUCGUGUCGGUUUGCUGCUACACCGGAUUGCUACUGUACGGCAAGUACUUCGACUGUGAUCCAGCCUCGGUGGAGCUGGUAAAUACGAGUGACCAGCUCUUCCCCCACUAUGUGAUGGAGUCGGUCGGACAUCUUCGGGGCAUGCCGGGACUGUUCAUUGCCGGUGUGUUUGGUGCUGCAUUAAGUUCACUGUCAGUUAUUCUCAACACCACCUCCGGAGUACUGCUGGAAGACAUACUGAAAGGAUUGUUCCGGGUUACGCCAAGCUCAUUCGUAGCAAACGUAGUAGUUCGCGGUAGCGUAGUUGUACUGGGCCUUGCCGCUAUGGGAUGUUUGUUUAUCGUCGACAAAUUGGAUGGAAUUCUGAUUGUGUCCGCAACUUUGGCGGCAAUCGGUAACGGUACGACGGGUGGCAUCUUUACCUUGGGAAUGUUGGUCCCAUGGAGCAACACUAAAGGCGCGUUGUUUGGUGGCAUAGCAGGGGCGCUCUUGUCCGGUUGGAUAUCGCUUGGAAGUCAAUUUGCAAGCGCAGCUGGCAGGGUAGUCCCACACAAGCUUCCCGUCUCGGUAGACGGGUGCAUCGCGGAGCUUAUCACCAACACGACGAAUGUGAAUCCAGUCUAUCCCGACGAGAGCGGUGUGUUCCCAUUGUAUCGGUUGUCUUACCACUGGAUCACACCGAUCGGUGUAACAACGGUCGUGAUCGUCGGUACGAUCAUCUCGUUCAUCACAGGACCUCGGGAUCUUCGACAAAUCGAUCCGGAACUCAUCUCACCCGUCAUUCAUCGAUAUUUACCACGGGAAUCGUUCGGCUACUAUGGUACGGCGAACAAAAACCCUCCAUCUUUCAACGCAGAAAUGCAAGCUCAAACGAAUGUACCAGUUGGAAGCAAUAUACCUAACGUGAAAGUGGAUGAAAGAAAAGAACAUACAACAUCAAAGUAA